UCAACUCAUGUGAUUCGUAUAAGAGGAAUUCACUCAAAGUUAAUUACGAAUUUGGACGAAAAGAUAACAUUGACACAAAUAGUAUAGUUGAAAGAUUAAAUUAACACAAAAUAUAAUUUAAGGAGUUAACUGAUACAAUUAUUAUAAUUCAUUGGCCAAAUAAAUAGUGAACUCCCAUGCAAGUGCUUAGGUGAGUUAGGAUAUGAAGGGAUUUGCCGUUGGCAACAGCUUUUAGACACCUUUGGGUCGAAGCUAUAUGUAUACGUACCUUUUUAUUUUAGUUAUGGGGGUAUUUGGCUUAUGAACUGGCAAAAGGAACAAGCGAACUGUCCCUGCCCUUACCUAUCGAAUUAACGUCUCUUCCAAUCAAACCUACGACCCCUCAACUAUCAGUUGGUAGAGUUCAACACCACCACCCACAGCCAAACUCAUCUCUCUCUCUCAUUCAUCAUCCCUUUUAAUCCUUAAAACCCCAUCCUACCCGUCUCUCUCCCGCCUCAGAAACUUCUGUCUCUCCCUUCCUUAUUCACCUUCUCUUUGGCUUGGCAUCAAACACCAUGGCUGGGUCUGGCCUGUUCACAGGCUCUCAUGGCCGCAAUGAGCUCCAAGUUUUGCAUGGCGGUGGCGAGCCUCGAUCUCCCGGACAUCAAUCGUCUGUAAAUAAGAUUUGUCGAGUUUGUGGCGAUGAGAUUGGAUUGAAAGAAAAUGGUGAUUUGUUUGUGGCGUGUCACGAAUGUGGAUUCCCAGUUUGUCAGCCUUGUUAUGAAUAUGAAAGGAGUGAAGGUAACCAGUGUUGUCCACAGUGCAACACCCGCUAUAAGCGUCUCAAAGGUUGUCCUAGAGUUUCAGGGGACGAAGAAGAAAACUAUUAUGCUGAUGAUUAUGAUGAUGAAUUGCAGAACAAGAAUCACCAUGAAACUCAAACUAAAGAUCAUCAUCAGCCCGUUAUUAAUCAUUCGGAAAAUGGGGAUAAUGAUCAAAAGCAGUGGCAUGCCAAUGGCCAGGCCUUCUCUUCUGCAGGAAGUGUUGCUGGUAAGGAUUUUGAAGGUGAGAAGGAAACUUACAGUAAUAAUACUGAAUGGAAAGAGAGAGUAGAAAAAUGGAAAACUAGGCAAGAGAAGAGAGGUUUGGUGAGCAAAUUCGAUGACAAAGACACUGAUCAAGGCGACGAAGAUGACUACCUAAUGGCUGAAGCUCGGCAACCACUCUGGCGAAAAAUUCCGAUUGCAUCGAGCCUAGUCAACCCAUACCGCAUUGUCAUCGUCCUCCGCCUCGUCAUCCUCGGCUUCUUCUUCCAUUUUCGCAUCCUUACUCCUGCAUACGACGCCUAUCCUCUAUGGAUCAUCUCAGUAAUAUGCGAAAUCUGGUUCGGAUUAUCAUGGAUACUCGAUCAGUUCCCGAAAUGGUUCCCCAUAACAAGAGAAACUUACCUGGACCGCCUCUCCAUGAGGUUCGAGCGUGAGGGAGAGCCCAACCGUCUCUGUCCGGUUGAUGUCUUUGUGAGCACGGUUGAUCCUCUGAAAGAACCGCCAAUCAUAACAGCGAACACUGUUUUAUCGAUCUUGGCCGUUGAUUAUCCGGUGGAGAAGGUGAGUUGCUAUGUGUCCGACGAUGGUGCUUCGAUGCUGCUAUUCGAUACACUUGCAGAAACUGCAGAAUUUGCGAGGAGGUGGGUGCCAUUUUGCAAGAAGUAUAGUAUUGAGCCGAGGGCUCCUGAGUUCUAUUUCUCGGAGAAGAUUGAUUAUUUGAAGGAUAAGGUGCAAGCUACUUUUGUGAAGGAUCGCAGAGCCAUGAAAAGAGAAUAUGAAGAAUUCAAAGUGAGGAUUAAUGCAUUGGUGGCAAAGGCUCAGAAGAAACCAGAGGAAGGAUGGGUGAUGCAGGAUGGGACUCCAUGGCCUGGGAACAACACUCGGGAUCAUCCUGGAAUGAUUCAGGUUUAUCUGGGAAGUGCGGGUGCCCUUGAUGUGGAAGGUAAAGAGCUGCCACGCCUAGUUUAUGUUUCCCGUGAGAAACGACCCGGCUAUCAACACCACAAGAAAGCUGGUGCCAUGAAUGCCAUGGUUCGAGUCUCGGCAGUGCUGACCAAUGCACCAUUCAUGCUGAACCUGGAUUGUGACCACUACAUUAACAAUAGCAAAGCUGUAAGGGAAGCUAUGUGCUUUCUUAUGGAUCCUCAAAUUGGAAAGAAGCUGUGCUAUGUCCAAUUCCCACAAAGGUUCGAUGGUAUUGAUCGUCACGAUAGAUAUGCUAAUCGCAAUAUUGUCUUCUUUGAUAUCAACAUGAAAGGCCUGGAUGGUAUCCAAGGCCCAGUAUACGUCGGCACUGGCUGUGUCUUCAACCGGCCAGCAUUGUACGGCUACGAUCCACCGGUGUCGGAGAAGAGGCCAAAGAUGACCUGUGACUGCUGGCCUUCAUGGUGCUGUUGCUGUUGUGGCGGUUCAAGGAAGUCAAAGUCGAAGAAGAAAGGUGUUAAAUCUCUGCUUGGCCUUGGAGGACUAGGGAAGAAGAAGAAACUAAUGGGCAAGAAUUACUCGAGAAAGUCAUCUGGACCUGCGUUUGAUCUUGAAGAGAUUGAGGAAGGGCUUGAAGGGUAUGAUGAGCUCGAAAAAUCAUCGCUUAUGUCUCAAAAGAACUUCGAAAAACGGUUUGGUCAGUCGCCUGUGUUCAUUACCUCCACUCUCAUGGAAGAUGGUGGCCUUCCUGAAGGGACUAAUUCUACUUCACUGAUAAAAGAAGCCAUUCAUGUCAUCAGUUGUGGCUAUGAAGAGAAAACUGAGUGGGGCAAAGAGAUUGGGUGGAUUUAUGGAUCGGUUACAGAAGACAUUUUGACAGGCUUCAAGAUGCAUUGUAGAGGGUGGAAGUCAGUGUACUGCACGCCAAAAAGACCUGCUUUUAAGGGAUCAGCUCCAAUCAAUCUAUCAGAUAGGUUGCACCAAGUUUUGAGAUGGGCUCUUGGUUCUGUCGAAAUUUUUCUUAGUCGGCAUUGCCCGCUUUGGUAUGGCUAUGGGGGAAAGCUGAAAUGGCUGGAGAGGCUUGCUUAUACUAACACUAUUGUUUACCCAUUUACUUCCAUUCCUUUGCUUGCCUACUGCACACUUCCAGCUGUGUGUCUUCUCACAGGAAAAUUCAUUAUCCCAACUCUAAACAACCUUGCGAGCAUAUGGUUCAUUGCUCUUUUCAUGUCAAUCAUAGUAACAGCGGUGCUAGAGCUCCGAUGGAGUGGGGUUAGCAUCCAAGACUUGUGGCGCAAUGAACAAUUCUGGGUCAUAGGUGGUGUCUCAGCACAUCUUUUUGCAGUCUUCCAAGGCCUCCUCAAAGUCCUUGCUGGAGUCGACACUAACUUUACUGUAACAGCAAAAGCAGCUGAUGAUGCUGAGUUUGGGGAGCUCUACCUCUUCAAAUGGACCACCCUUCUUAUCCCACCAACCACUUUGAUAAUCUUGAAUAUGGUUGGUGUUGUUGCUGGAGUUUCCGAUGCCAUUAACAAUGGAUAUGGCUCGUGGGGUCCUUUAUUUGGAAAACUUUUCUUUGCCUUCUGGGUCAUUGUGCAUCUUUAUCCUUUCCUCAAGGGGUUGAUGGGAAGGCAAAACAGGACACCUACAAUUGUGGUCCUUUGGUCGAUUCUUCUUGCUUCAAUCUUCUCAUUAGUUUGGGUUAGAAUCGACCCCUUUUUGCCUAAGCAAACGGGACCAAUUCUUAAACAAUGUGGGGUGGAGUGCUAAUUUCCUUUUGGGAUCCUUACUCCUCCUCAUGAAGCUUGGUUUCUGCCAUAUUGCUCGGUUUGUUUCUUCAGUUGUUAUCAAGCGUUCAGCAUUAAAAUUUUCAGGAACGAUAUUUUCCAAGUUUUUGCCAUUUAUGUGAUGAACAAAAGCCACUGGGCACAUGUACACUUGAUAAAUAUAUAAGAAAUGUAAUGCUGGUUUUGAGUUGCAACCACCAAUUGUUUGACCUUACCUGUUUGCAAAUGUAAAACGUGGUCUAUUAGCUUUGAUUUGCUAAUACGUAUUCCAUUCCCCUUUUCAAAGAUGCAUCAGAUAAGUUGUCUGAGCAAGGUUUAACACUCCG